AUGGAAAACACCAUCGAGGCCGGGCUGGAUGAUCGCCUGGCCAGGAAACCCUCCGUGGACAACGGUGGUGCGGCUGAGACUGCGUUAAGGAGGACUUCUCUCUCCCACAGAGCGCCCAAAAAGCGAACCAAGACGGGCUGCCUGACAUGUCGCAAGCGUCGCAUCAAAUGUGGCGAGGAGAAGCCCAUCUGUCACCACUGCGUCAAGUCCAAACGAUUAUGUGAGGGCUAUGCCCAGCGCGUGGUGUUUAAGAAUCCACUGGGCAUCAUCCGAAGCCAUGCUCUGGACCAGCAGUUCCCGCAAGGCCAGAUGCGGGUUUCCACGUUUAAUGAUUAUGCCAGCUCUCUGGCUGCCCAGCAGGCUGCUGCUGCCGCCGCCUCUCAGCAUCCCGCGCUAGCACCGAGGCCGGUUGACCCCGCGGCAUUGGAGUACGCUCCUCCGCCCUUGUCGGAUAGAGCCCCACCGGAAAGUCCUCAGCCGAGCAGUACAUCGCAUUUCUACUAUCCAGCUGUUUCGAUGCAGACACACCUGCAACAGUGGCCAUUCCAGACACUUACGACAGCCUCAACCGACUACUCACCACCGCCGCAAUCGACCACUUCUAGCCAGACUACCCAUUAUAACCAAGAGCCGGCCACUGAAUAUAGGGACCAGGGUGCCUCAUCCCAAUACCCAGGCGAAGGGGUUGUUUCUUAUGCUGGACAAUUGCCGCUAAUAGCAACUGGCCAAAGCAGCAGUGAGGAUAUAUCUCCGAAUACGAAUCAAACAACACCCCCGAUUGUCUAUCAUCAUCAAUCGCCUCCAGGGUCAUUACAGCACCCUUUACACCCCCAUGAACCAUUCCUGCCACAGCAGGCUCAGAUCAUUUAUGUCGAAGACGAAAGUGAAGACUAUUAUGAUGUCGAGUCGGACGAAGAAAUGGUUGACCAGGUACAAGCAGAAGGCUUCAACCAGUUAAGUCUGAUCAUGUCCUCCGCCAACCAAGAUGACCGACAGCUUCGCUCUUUCACCACUCACCUGAAUGAACCAAAUAUCCUCGCCACCUAUCGUCCCACCCUGGGCUCGUCACCCCUCAAUAAUCCAAAGACAGCCCGUAUAUUUGUUCAUUUCAUUCACUCCACUGGGCCUUCUAUGUCAAUGUUUGAGCGGCAUCCCACAGACUCUUCCAUUGUGCUAGGCGCUCCGGUCCCCACUGCGCAGCAAGGUCUGUGGACGUAUACGCUUCCCCUCAAGGCAUUGGAGCAUCAGGCACUAUUGCAGGCCAUCCUCGCGAUUAGCAGCUUGCACAUCUCCUACCUCCAGAAUGCCCCGACCACUGUGUCACUGAAGCACUACCACUACGCAUUAAAGAGAGUCGGUCAUGCCGUAGGCCUCCCACUGCGUCGCAAGCAGAUUGGUACGCUCGCAGCGACGUUGACUUUGGGUUAUUACGAGGUGAUCUCAGCCGAUCACCACAAGUGGAAUAGCCAUGUUGCUGGAUCUGCUCAUCUGAUCCGCGAGAUCGAUUAUGCUGGUAUAACUCGAGAUCUUCGGGCAUACCGACGGCGAAUAUAUAAGCAGUACAACCCCAUGGCCCAUGUAGUCUCAUGGCCAGGGGGUUAUAGUUGCCACGAUCCGGGUUGUGAACCACCUGAGGAUGAUCCAUUCGUCGAAAAAGAGAGCGUUAUUGACCAGACGGUCCUCGAAACCAUUACGGGGAGAGCGAUGAAUUACGAUGAAUUUGGACAUGUCGACGAGGGCCAUGUGCGAGAACCUCGGAAGCACUUCACGCGCAAAGACAUUGAGAACUUUCGUAUCCAGUGUGAUCUGUACUGGUGGUAUUGCAAGCAGGAUUUGAUCCAGAGCUUGAUCAGUGGGAACAAACUUUUCACGCCAUAUUCCCAAUGGGGCCAGUGCCCACCGCGAGCAGGUCUUGGACGGUUGGAUGCCAUCUAUGGCUCAGUCGAUCAUCUCUGGCUCCUACUUGGACGAUUAACGGAUUUUGGGUACCGUGACCGGAAGCGAAAGCUGAAGGCUCUCAAAGCGGCGGGGAAGGAGUGGACGCCUACUCCGGGCAUGUUCAAAUUCAUGGCUCGCUUUGCGGGUGGCAGUCCCGGUCAACAACCAGGCCCACCGGGCUCAGGUCUUGGAGGAGCUCCCCCGCCUGGUUCGGCGCAAGGAAACCCAGCACAUCGGCCUGGAGACGGGACAUCACCGACCCAAAAGACUGCCCCGCCAUCUCGAGACAGUCCUCCCAUGUACGGCAUGAUUCCUCAGACAGGCCCAGUGCGCCUGCCAUCCGGGUUCACCGACCAGCGCCAAGAAUCCCGGGAGUCUCCAGAGGGAGACAACGAGGACUCCACGUAUAAUGAAGCCGAGCAAGAAUGGGAGACCAUUAUGGAAGCCUUCGAGACGUUUUCCCAUUCCCUGGGUCGAGAUUUUCAACCCUUGCCCGCAGAUAUCACACCUCCCAUCUCGACCCCAUUUGGACCAGCCCUCCAGUACCGUACGCACACGAUCGCGGUCCUGUGGGGGUUCUACUAUGCUGGGCGGAUUCUGCUACUACGACUACACCCCUCCAUGCCUCCGGCAAUGAUGGUUGCCGCCGGAGUCGCAGCCCGCACGACAAUCGAAUAUGCGCAAAACGUCGGCAAGAUCAUGGCAGGCAUUUACUAUCCACAGCGAUAUAACCUCGAGGCCGGUAGCCUCAGCCCCACAUUGGGCACGUCCCUGACCGAGAUGACUGUGCCGGUCUUCUUUGCGGCGGUGCAGUACACCGACGCCACGCAGCGUGGCUGGACAAUCACCAAGCUGCGCGAGAUCUCCCGGCUGACGGGCUGGAAAUCCUCGGACGCUGUGGCUGCUGGCUGUGAGAAUUCAUGGGUCGUAGCGGCAAGGCACGGGCGCGGGCCGCCGUACAGUAGGACGCAAUACAGCGAUCGCGAACGACCUGGGUUCAACGCCGUGCAGCGCGAUGAUGUCAACCAUGACCGACGGUUCGUGACCGUCAGUGGAUCAGGCCGGCUUCACUGGGCGUUUGGGAUAUUGAGUCUGGAGGAUGAUGUCGACGACAUGGAUUGA